UUGUCCCCAGUGUGUACAGUGACACAGCAGUGUAGCUGGGGAUGAGCGUAUUGCAUACAGCUUCAAAGAGCAAAAGGAUCACACCUGUAUUUCUACAGGUCUACCUCUAUUUGAAUUCCGAAAGCAUUGUUACAGGUGCCAAAUGCCAUCCCUUCAGAGACAAAGAACAUGAUGCUGAUGGGAAACCACAUAUUGAAAAUAAACACCAGGACAUUUCCGAGGUUUAAGAGUAUUGUUUCCCUGGACUGUCCUACAGCUGGCUGCACGAAGUAGAAGGGAACACAUUCACUUACAUGCACACUCUGGAGCACCUGACUCUUCAGCAGCACCACUCUGUGCUAAUGGUGGGAUCCCAGGCCUUCUACCCACUUUAUAAGCUGAAGUCUCUGAGAAUCGGCAAAAUCCAAACACAAGACAUGAAGACUAUAUUCUUUGAUCUACGAAAUAGCCAGCUGGAUACUCUGGGUCUGUACAGAAUAGAUUUUGAGACAAUGAGGAAGCCCAUGUUUGAGGACGUUGGCCAGUGCCCCCUGAAUACCUUGGAGAUAUUUUCCUCAUCCAUAAACCUGAUAGAUGACUCUGCCUUUUCUGAUCUGAAGGACUUGAGAGAGCUUCUGGUGAAAGAGUCCUCAAUAAAAACCAUUCACCCGAAUGCUUUGAUGAAACUGCAUGCCCUUGAGUCCUUGACCCUAGAGGGGUGUUCCCUGGACCAGGUGCCACGUGGUGUCCUGUAUUCCCUGACCAACCUGCAGGUUCUUAAUUUAAGAAGAAACAUGCUGCAGACCCUCCCAGCAGAGCUGUUCAAAUACAAUGGGAAGUUGCUCCACAUCGACCUCAGUCUCAACCGUCUCCAGACUCUGCCCGAAGGCAUCUUCAGACUCCCGUCCACUCUUUACGUGAACCUCAGCGGGAACUAUUUCACUUGCGACUGCAGCCUGGCCUGGGCUUCUUUCUGGGUGAAGUCCUUGGGAAACACAACCAAUGCAGAGGAUUUCAUGUGCUUCGCCCCUGUAGAGCUUCGUGGCAAGCAUUUGAAGGAUUUUAAUCCCAUAUGCAUUCCUGAAUAUGUAUGGUAUAUUCUCAUAGUCAUCCUCGGAAUGACUGUCUUGUCGAUUGUGGUUGUCCUGCUUUAUGUGUACCGUUGGAAGAUCUACUAUCAGUGGUACCUGCUGUUGUCCAAGAGGAAAGACACAGAAGUCUGGGAGAACAACCCCAGGUUUAAGUAUGAUGCUUUUGUUGCCUACUGCGAGAGGGAUUUUGAAUGGGUAGUCCAUGAGUUGAUUCCUAACCUAGAGAACAAUGCCGGUCUUCCGAACAUGAAAUUGUGUGUGCCGGACAGAGACUGGGAGCUGGGAGGCAACAUCCUGGACAACGUGGAGAGCAGCAUUCAGAGAAGCAGGAGGACCAUCUGUGUGAUAUCCACGAACUUCCUGAAGAGUGAGUGGUGCAAGCUGGAAAUGAGCCUGGCACACAUGCAGCUCUUCUCAGAGAACAGAGAUGUCUUGGUUUUCGUAUUCUUGGAGAAGAUCCCUGUUGAAAGGUUGUCCCAGCAGCAGAAGCUCCGCAGGGAAAUGUGUAAGAAAUCCUGCCUCGACUGGCCGGGAGGAGAAACAACUGCUCAGAAAGUCUUUUGGGAGAAACUCAGAUCUCUCAUUUUCAAAAACCCUGUGGUCCAACAAAUUUAAACUAAAUGAAAAAUCUACAGUGGUUCAUUAACAACAGUGGCAAAAAAAAUAGAAAUGUGUUAUGUUAAGACAAUUGAAACCAUUAUCCCAGGAUAAAUUAUAAAACAUAAAUAAGUGGUUAUAAAAAUAGCAUAAAACAAAAAUAUAACAUAACUUAUGCAAUGUGAAAGUGCUUUGAGUGAAACAGUUCAAAGUGUCGCAGGUGACGCUGAACUAGUUAUUCCAUAUAGUAAAACAUUAGACUCUAUUGCAUGGAGGAUCUCAGUAAGCUACAGUAAAUGGUUCAUCAAAUGAAACAGAUUCAGUUAUGUUAAGUUUGCUACUGAUGUGGAAAAGAACAGUAAUUGGAUACCAGAAAAUAUGAAUAACAGUGAGUUUUGGCCUCCUUCAGUGUUCUGGAUGGAAGUGACUCUGUGCGAACAGAAGGGAAUGUACAGUAACAAUGUGUACAGAUCCAGAACUAUUGUACAUGGUGCAGAAUUAACCCUGACACACAAAUUGAAACAUAAUCCUCUUGUUAUGUGUGCAUGUAAUAUGUGCCAAAGCAAGUCAUCAGUGACUGGGCCCAAACUUUGUCCAGCCUGUAGUCAUUUAGCUAAACACUGUAGAAUCUUGUUUGAAUGUAAUGAUUCUGAAGGAAUUUCUUUCUCUCAUCUAAAUGUAGAUCCAAAGGAUAUUAAGAGGAUUGAAUGCAUAAAUUGUGAAGGAGGUCAUUUAGUGAAAUGGGCUCAUCUAGGUAAAUUGGAAUGUGUAGAAGGUGUCCCAGCUAAACGUGUCCAAGUAUCUUGUAGGUACGAAGUGAGAUGGCGUCUCACACCUGUGAUGCUAAACUUUGGAUAAAGGGGCCUGUUGUCGUUUUCGCAGAACCAACCAGAGCUGAACCCGGCACAGAAGUUGAAUCCUGCUGGGAACGCUGAGAUAUGCAGGACAUGGACUAGGCAAUUUCAAAUAUGGAAUGUAUUAUAAAAUGAAGUGUCAAAGAUAUUAGGAAGGAUAAAGAAAGAGUAUCCUUGUACCACCAGUAGGUGGCUCUCUUGCUCCAUGAAAUAGGUCAGUCCUCACUUGUUUGGAAUUACACAUGUAUUCAAUCAAAUACUUGAUAGUCUGAGAAUCCCUAAGAAAAUAUAUAUAAUGACCGAUUUACCACUAGUAUAUCUAAUCUUCAGAAAGCAUGACGCUUGAUAAAAAGCACCAUUCCAGCUAAAAGUGAACGUUAAUCUACAAAUUUAUGUCCUAAAAACACAAGAUAAGAAGAGACUCUUUAUGACCAAAAGUUUAACUAACAAGCCAGAGGUCUUGAGAAAAAAUCCUGUCUCGGCUGGAUUUUGUAUGAACAAAGGGUCGAGCCUAGUUGAAUGCAGUUAUACUGGCCUAUAUUUGGAUUUAAAUCCUCAAAAGGGAUUCACCAAAAUAAUAUUAUAGCAAUUGAUAAACAGAGGUAAAUUAAUUGAAAGAUUAUCUUAUAAUGAAACAGGUUCAGUGCUAAUUGAAACUGUUUAUAGUUCAUAACACUUAUUUCAUAAGAUUAGUAAUAUGUUUCAAGUAUUUGCUAUAAUGAGAAAACAUAUUAUUUAAAACUGACAAGUAUUAUUGCUUGUUCACGACUUUGCUGUAGUGAUAAGAAGAUUAAAACCUGGAGCAGUAUUCGAUUUACUUAAAUGGGAAAAUGGUACAAGUUUAUUCUUCUUUCUAUUGAACAAUAAGACUUCUAGACAUUAUGAUAUCCAUUGAAGUAUAGAAGUUAAAAGGUGUUGUGUUAUGUUUUUGUGUUAAGUUUGUAAUAAUAUACUAUAAUGUACCUUGUUAUUAAUCCACUAUACUAUUGUCUAAUGAUGUUAGAUGGAUUCCUUAUAAUGUGGUGAUUUGAAACUGCUACAGUGAAACCAGGGCCUCUCUUCUUAUCUAGAAAGAAGGAAGGUCCUUGAGUUCCACUUCAGCAGAGCUGCAAGCCUCAUAGAGAUAGGAGUGGUAAGGUUUAUGGAAUUAGUGGUUUAGCACAGAUAAGAAUAUAUCUUGAAAUAAUAUGCAAAAAGUAUGGCUUAACAGACCUUUAUAGGUCAUAAAUCUAAAAAGUGUUUGCACAGACUCUGACCUUGGAAAAAACAAGAGACUGUGGAAACUGCUAGCAGUAACAUAUUCCCAGAGAGGUACAGGUCAGAGCCUGGUCAGUGCAUCUCUUAAUGGAUAAAUAAUUGUAAUGAAAACUAUUACCACUUAAACUUAGUGAAACUAAAUGACUUGAAUAUUGUAUGAGACAAACUUUUGUCAAAUACUCUUUUAGACAAUGGUAUAUGGAAUCAAAACUGACUCAUUAACAAAAUGAUGAAACAAUAUGAAGUUAAAAGAAACACAUACCUUUAAUUUAGCAUAAUAUAAUCACUUAGAAGAGGAUGUCACAUAUUAAGAACAUCUCUCAUAUAACAUAUAAAAUUAGUGUUUUGCAUGCAGUAGUGUUUUUAUAUUAUAUUAUAAACCAAGAUCCUGGGAACCUUGGUUCACUUAACGUUUCAGAUAAAGGAGGGGCUCGGAGGAAAGCAAAGAAAUGAGAUCAUAGGUUUGGAGUUAGACAAAUAUGAAGUAUUGAAUUUAUUGAGUACAUGAGACCUAUUAAUUCUGAAAAGUUAGUCCGGAUCUUUUGAAAACUAUUAUUUGUAAAAUGGAUAAGAACUGUCCCACCUGAUUAAUGAUUGGAUUUAAUUGAGGCGUCCCAUGUAUUCCAAUGAGACGAAAAACCUAUUUAACUCCAGAGUAAUUUCAAUGGAGUACCACACUCAUCCCAGACAGGGUAAGGUGGUCCAUCUUCUGCAAACCAAAAACACAAUUGAACUGAUUUAACUCAGUUUAAUUUGCCUGGUGAAGACAGUCAUAUCCUUUUACGAUCUAUAUUAAAGGGUAAGCAUUAAUCAAUUAUUAUUUUAUCUCACAUGUAUUGCUAUAAGGGACUCACGCUAUGUUUAGAAGAUAGGAGAACAUUUGUUGAAUGUGCUGAAAAGAGGCUACUGGGUGUAUUUAGUGUCGUGGUCGUGGCCAGGCCUGCCGGCUGCACGAAUACAUAAAGAUGUAUUAAAGUGUUAACGUUAAUAUCUGUUAAGACACUGGACUGCCCAGAACGUCUGUCAGCUGGGGAUAUGAAGUAGCCUGUAGCUACUCAAUCCAAUAUUUAACUGUUAAUAAACCGAAGGAGUACUGAUCAUACUCUGAUUCGUAAAAACACUUUA